AUGUUUAAAACCAUUAAAUUGGUUAGGCCCAUAUUAUCACAACGAGAACGACGUCUAUUCUCCACAGAUGUUGCGUCUGUGUUUGUGAGCGGCGCUGAGCUGGUUUCAGCUGCUCAUGCCGCUUCCGGGCUUCCCUGGUGGGCCUUCAUUCCUCUGAUAACGGUGUCGGUCAGAACGUGUAUCACUCUGCCUCUGGCAAUUUACCAGAGAAGGGGGCUACAAAGGCAGAACGAACUACGUCCCAUUAUAAGUGCGAUGUUUCCCAUUUUCAAGCUUAGAUUGGCCGCCAGGGCCCAAGCAGCACAGCAAAACGCCAGACUCUCCAAAAGUGACGUUCCCAUCAAGACAGAGACCGAGCAGCUCUCGGCAAACAAAAUCAUCGUACUGGCUUCCAAGGAAAGAAUGAAACGGCAAAGACAGAUUUUCAGGGAGAACGGCUGUCAGUCGUGGAAGUUCUUGGCACUUCCCGCAUUACAGAUACCAUUAUGGAUAACAUUAUCUCAAACCUUUAGGGUCCUUACAGGUUGGACGAGCGUGCGUGCCACUGUGCUGGAUCCCACGCUAUCAACUGAAGGACUCGGGUAUCUUACGAACCUCACUUUCACUGAUCCAUAUUUCAUACUGCCUGUGGUUCUCGGAGUCACAGCUUUGACUAAUGCGGAAUGGAAUUUUCGUACGGCGGACCUAAUGAAGCUAACCACGAGAGGAGUGAGGAACUCGUUAAGACCUACUGCUUUUGACAGUGUCAUCAAUCUUACCAGAAUGAGCAUCUGUUUCCUUGUUGUUUUAUCGGCCCAAGCUCCAGCUGCUCUGUCCCUUUACUGGAUUAGCUCCAACAUGUACUCGUUGGCUCAAAACAUUCUUUUAAACAAGUUUAUGCCCUUGAGAUACACUCCAUAUGCCAGAUCAAUGCCUUCGACAAAGAAGUUGGCAGGCGAAAGCCUUGUGGAAUUUUAA